CGUGUUCUGAAUUGACCAAUCAGAAUCAAGUUUUCAACUAAGCCAUGUAAUAAUAUGUUAUAACAACAUAUUCUUAUGUUAUAACAACAUAUUUUAAUUUCUUAACGAUAUAUUUUCAUGUUAUAACAACAUCUUUUAACGUUAAAACGUGUUAUUUUAGUGUUAUAACGAGAUAUCUUCAUGUUACAACAAUAUAUUGUAGCAAUACGAAAAUAUAUGACUUUAUACCAUAUUUUCAUCCUAGAACGAGAUAUUUUAGUGUUUUAACAAGAACAUUUUGUUUUUAACGCGAUAUUUAAGCGUAUUAACGUGAAUUUGUCAAAAUAUUAAAAGAUAUAGUGACUUUUUACUAUAUUUUAGUGUUAUAAUGAGAUUUAGAUGUAUCCACUUAAUAACUAACUUUACAACGACAUAUUUUUAGUGUUUAGUGUAACGGGAUAUUUUAUUGUUAUAUCGAGAUAUUUUGUUAUAACAAGAUAUCUUUGUGUUUUUUAAAAGUGUAUUAUUGUUGUUGUUGUUUGGUCCAAAUUUAAGCUGAUAGUUGUUUAAAAAAAUAUAGAUGUAAUUGUUUUCUGGUAUUAUAAUCACAUAUUUGACAUAAAAUGGCUAAAUAAUGACUAAUUUCAGGAUUUAAGAACUGAUUCCUGCAGCGUUUCAUUUCCGUUUUUAUAAACUAGAGGUAUUUUUAUCUGAGAUUUAACCACACAAAAGCUAAACUAAAGCAGGAACAGGAAGUGGUUUUACUGCUCGGACAGAAGAAGAAGAAGAAGAAGAGGAAGAAGAAGAAGAAGAAGAAGAGUUGAUGUCAUUGCACCAAGAAGCAGAAUGAAGGACACGUCUCUCCUGCUCCUGCUGAGCUGCCUGUUCUGCUGCUCAACAAACGCAGCUCGUCUGACGGUGACUCCCAGCAGCUCUCAGGUAUUUAGAAAUGAACCUGUCUCUCUGAGAUGUGAGGACGCCUCUGAUGGAUGGACUGUGAGGAGAAAGACGAGCAAUGGUAAAAGAACUCAGUGUGGAGUCGGCUGGGGAACACCUGCUGUUUCCCCCUGUACCAUCGACCCCACUGACCCUGUGGACAGUGGAGAGUACUGGUGUGAGUCCCCAGAGGGAUCCACCAGUAACACCAUCACCAUCACCGUCUCUGGUGGAUCAGUGAUCCUGCAGAGUCCUGUCCUCCCUGUGAUGGAGGGAGAUGACGUCACUCUGAUCUGUAGAACAAAGAUGGCCGACCCCCCCUCUGCUGAUUUCUACAAAGAUGGCGUCUUCAUCAGGACUGAUUCUGAUGGUCACAUGACCCUCGUCCAUGUUAACAUGUCUGAUGAAGGCCUCUACAAGUGUAGAGUCCAGAGUAAAGGAGAGUCUCCAGAGAGCCGGCUGUCUGUCUCAGAAAAACCUACGACCACCAUCUCCCUUGUGUUCAGGGUGAUCUGCCACCUGGUGGUUUUCUGCCCGUACUGCAUCUCCACUUUCCUCAUGGUGUCUUUAUAUCGACAGAGGGCCACAGGAAGCGACCACGCUGAGCAGGGAUUGGACGAUGACUACGAUGAUGUCAUGUCUGCUGUCACCACGGAGCAUCAGUUCUGAAACAGUGGAGGACCCAGAACGCUUCCCUGAGGAAUGCCAUGUUUUGAACUCAGUGUAAUUACAUUCAAUCAUGUAUUGACUGAUAUCGUGCACAUGCAAUAUUAUUCCCUUUAUUUCUGAAGCAGUGGUCUAUUAGCAUUAGCAGCUAAUGCUCAGUACAAAGAAGAUAUGCAGAUACAAAGAAAACAUAUACUAAAGUUAAACAAUUAGAAAGUUGUAAUUUUGGCCAUUUUCUUUCACAUUUCAGGAAAAUCUACUAAACUUUUAAAAUCAUUGAAUUCAUUCAGGAUUUAUCCCAAAAAUCUCCUAAAGCUUUUCACAAACAUUACAACAGUGAUGUAUGUAUUAAAUGUACAUCACCAUAUGUAGAAGUUGGAACAUUGUUUAUUUUGAUAGAAAUCUUGUAGAAAAUCAGCUCCAGGAUCUUUAUUGACUUAUUGAGGAGUGGAAGGUGAGUCUAGUUUACAGUUACAUUAAAUAACUCUGCGUAUAAACUCUUAUUCAUUAUCUGUUCACCAGACUCCGUUAGAAACCAUGUGUUUUUAAAGCUUACAUCCUCAAAAUGAUUUGCAGGUCUUCUGGGACGGGUCUGCUUUCUGUCCCAGAACUAAACCUGGAGAAGUUCAGUUAUUCAUCUCCAAAUAUCUGGAUCAAACCCCCAGAAACCUGCAGGUCCUUUUAAAUCCAGACUGAAGACUUCCCUGUUUGCUUUGAACUGAACUAUUCUUAUCUCACGAUGCACAGUAACUGUUAUUCAUGUGUUGUAUACCUGAGUUAUUCUAUAUCAGCUAGUUUCAUGGUUAUUUUAGUCCCUCUGCUUUUGAAUGAUCUGCUGCAUUAUUUCUUAAUGUCUUUCAGUUGUGUAACGCACUUUGAAUCGCCUUGUGUUGAAGAAGCUUUAAAUAAACCUGCCUUACAGGAACACUUGUAUUUCAUCA